AUGAAGAAGCAAUGUGCCCAAAAGCUGCUCAUUCGAAUGAAAACGGAGUGUUUACCUUGUUCUUUAAACCUUGGCACCCAGUGUCCUGCUGGCUACACCAAAGUCACCAAGGGGACUGGGAUACCAGACUGCAGGUAUUAUCUGGAAGUUAAAACACACACACUUUCUUUCCCGGGAUGUCGGCAUCAAUGUGUGAAGGAAUUUGAACAACCUGAGUGCUGCCAGGGACACUGGGGCCCAGACUGCAUGGUAUGUCCAGGAGGAGCUGCUUCACCAUGCAACGGGAGAGGACGCUGCUCCCAGGGUAUGAAUGGGAAUGGAACAUGCACUUGUCAGGUAGGAUUUGGUGGUACAGCCUGUGAAAAAUGUGCUGAAGCUCAUUUGUUUGGCCCUGACUGCACAUCAGUUUGUGACUGUGUUCAUGGAGUAUGCAACGGUGGAAUCACAGGGGAUGGAAGAUGCACUUGCUUGUCUGGAUACAAAGGGCUCAGCUGUGAUCAGCCAAUAGCUGAAUGUGAGGCCUUGCAGUGCCCUGCAAAUUCCAGAUGUACUGCCUCAGGUGAGGAUGGAAGACAACUGCAAUGCUCAUGUCUGCCCAACUACCAUGGGGACAGCACACAGUGUGAACCUAUUAACCCGUGCUCCAAAAAGGUCUGUGAUCCUAAUGCUGACUGCAUUUACCUCGGCCCAAACCAGCACAAAUGCACCUGCCAAGAAGGUUACAGAGGGGAUGGUCAAAUCUGCUUACCCAUAGACCCUUGCCAAGCAGCGUAUGGGAACUGCCCUGCACAGUCCACCACUUGCAUCUAUGAUGGUCCAGGAAAGUCCCACUGUGAAUGCAAGAAGCAUUAUACCAACUUUGUACCUGGGAAAGGAUGCAGCAUGAGGGACAUCUGUGAAACAAACAACACCUGCCAUAAAAAAGCUAAAUGCUUAACAGUUGCACCAGGACAGAUUACGUGUACGUGCCAGGAAGGCUCCGUGGGGAAUGGGUUUGUGUGCUAUGGAAACAUCAUGGAGCGUCUCCAAGACCUGAAUACAGAAGUGGGAGGACGGUGGCAAGGCAAGCUGACAUCCACCCUAUUGCUCAUGGAAAAUACCUACAAGUGGCCACUGAGUACUCUGGGACCAUUUACUGUGCUGGUACCAACAAACAAGGGGCUCAAAGGUACAAAUAUAAAGGAUCUUCUGAAUAAUAAACAGAAAGCUCAGUACUUUGUGAAACUCCAUGUUAUUGCUGGUCAACUGGACACCAGCAGCUUGGAUAAUACUAGUGUAAUAUACACUCUGACUGGCAGGUCAGGAGAGAUAUCAAAGGGAGAAAAGGAUAAUCAAUUAAGAAUCAGAAUCCAUGGAGGAAGGAGAAAAGGAAAACUUUUGCAGGGAAAUAUUAUUGCUUCCAAUGGAAUUUUGCACAUUAUCGACAAAGCCAUGGACGAUGUGGAGCCCACAUUUGAAGGCAGCAAAGAGGAAACCAUAAUGUCAGUACUUCAAGGGAAUGGAAGGUAUAGCCAAUUUGCAUCCUUCUUAGAGAAAACUGGCCUGGGAAUGGAUUUACAGCAGGAUGGCAGGCUAUACACAGUCUUUGUUCCAAGCAAUGAGGCUUUGAGUAAUAUGAAAUCUGAGGCUCUAGAUUACCUGCUUUCUGCUGAGGGUUCAUGGAAGUUGCUGGAGCUGGUCCGAUACCACAUCGUCGCCAAUACUGAGCUCGAGGUUGCCAGCCUUGUCUCGAUAAAGCACAUCAGCACCAUGGCGAAGCAGUUCAUUUACUUUAACAGGACCAGCACU